AUGUUCGUUUUCAAGAGAGAUGGUCGCCCCGAACGCGUGGCCUUCGACAAGAUCACGGCGAGGUUACAGAAGCUGUGCUAUGGAUUGGACAUGAACUUCGUCGACCCUGUGGAAGUCUCGCAAAAGGUCGUCACCGGUGUGUAUCAAGGAGUGACCACAGUAGAGCUGGACAACCUGGCUGCGGAAACGGCCGCAUACCUCACGACAAAACACCCAGACUAUGCUAUUCUCGCCGCCCGUAUUGCCGUUUCCAACCUUCACAAGGAAACCAAGAAACAGUUCACCGACGUUAUGGAAGACCUGUACAAGUACGUCAACCCGAAAACCGGCAAGAACGCUUCCAUGAUCUCCGAAAACACAUACAAGGCCAUCAUGAAAAAUGCCGACCGGUUGAACUCGGCUAUCAUCUACGACCGUGAUUUCAAUUACAACUUUUUUGGUUUCAAGACACUGGAGCGCUCUUACUUGUUGCGCAUCGACGGCAAGGUUGCUGAGCGCCCACAACACAUGCUCAUGCGUGUCGCUGUUGGAAUACAUGGCGAAGACCUCGACGCUGUCAUCGAAACUUACGACUACAUGUCCGAAAAGUACUUCACACAUGCCUCCCCAACGCUGUUCAACGCUGGUACACCGCGGCCGCAGCUCUCCAGUUGCUUCUUGCUCACCAUGAAAGACGAUUCCAUUGAAGGAAUCUACGAUACCCUCAAGACGUGCGCUAUGAUCUCCAAGACGGCCGGCGGGAUUGGUCUCAACAUUCACAAGAUUCGUGCGCUCGGUUCCUACAUUGCGGGUACCAACGGACACUCGAACGGAAUUGUACCCAUGCUUCGUGUUUUUAACAACACGGCACGGUAUGUCGAUCAAGGCGGUAACAAAAGGCCUGGAGCUUUCGCCAUCUACCUGGAACCAUGGCACUCGGACGUGUUCGAGUUUUUGGAUUUGAAAAAGAACACUGGCAAGGAGGAGAACCGCGCACGUGAGCUCUUCUACGCGCUGUGGAUCUCGGACCUGUUCAUGCAACGUGUCGAGCAGAACGGCGACUGGAGCUUGUUCUGUCCUGCUGAGGCACCUGGUCUGGAGGAAGUUUAUGGCGAGGAGUUCACCAAGCUGUAUGAAAAGUACGAAAAGGAAGGUCGCGCCCGCAAGACGAUCAAGGCUCAGAAGCUUUGGUACGCGAUCCUCGAGUCUCAAAUCGAGACCGGCACACCUUUCAUGCUCUACAAGGACGCGUGCAACCAGAAGUCCAACCAGAAGAACCUGGGAACGAUCAAGUGCAGUAACCUCUGUACCGAGAUCGUCCAAUACUCCUCGCCCGAGGAAGUCGCCGUGUGUAACCUCGCCUCCGUUUCGCUGCCCAACUUUGUCAUCAAGCAAGAUGGCGUACCCAUGUUCGAUUUCAAGAAGCUACACGAGGUCAUCAAGGUCAUGACAAAGAACCUGAACGUCAUCAUCGACAUCAACUACUACCCAGUCGAAGAAGCCCGUCGCUCCAACUUCCGCCACAGGCCCAUCGGCCUCGGUGUACAAGGUCUUGCCGACGCGUUCAUCAAGAUGCGCUUUGCAUUCGACUCACGGGAGGCUGGACAGCUGAACAAGGACAUCUUUGAAACCAUCUACUUUGCCGCUCUUGAGGCGUCAUGCGAGUUGGCAGAAAAGCUUGGCGCAUAUGAGACCUACGAGGGCUCACCUGUCAGCAAAGGACAGCUGCAACCCGACAUGUGGGGUGUUAAGCCCUCAGAUCGAUGGGACUGGGCAGAACUCCGCGCGAAGAUUGCCAAGCACGGUGUCCGCAACAGCUUGCUCGUCGCGCCCAUGCCCACUGCCUCCACAUCGCAGAUCCUCGGCAACAACGAGUGCUUCGAGCCAUACACCAGCAACAUCUACACCCGGCGAGUUCUGAGUGGUGAAUUCCAGAUUGUGAACCACCACUUGCUGAAGGACCUGACCGAGCUGAAUCUGUGGAACGAUGACAUGAAGAACCGCAUCAUUGGGGACAAUGGCUCAAUCCAAAAAAUCCAGCAGAUUCCUCAGGAGUUGAAGGACAUCUACAAGACUGUGUGGGAGCUGUCGCAGAAAGUGAUCAUCGACAUGGCCGCCGACCGUGGCGCGUUCAUCGAUCAAUCCCAGUCCCUCAAUAUCCACCUCGCCGCACCCAACUUUGCCAAGCUGACAAGCAUGCACUUCUACGGCUGGAAGAAGGGUCUCAAGACCGGUCUGUACUACCUCCGCACCCGCCCAGCAGCCGACGCGAUCCAGUUCACCGUCGACCAGCAAAAGCUCGCAAAAUCCAAAGCCAACGGCGCCAAGCUCUCCGUCGCAUCAUCGUCGGCAGAAGACGAGGAGCUGAGGAGACUGCAGCAGGAGGAAGAGGAUAAUCUCGCCGCUAUGGCGUGCUCGCUGGAUAACAAGGAUGCGUGUGUUAUGUGUUCAGGAUAG